AUCAACUUGGACCAUCCAAAUGCACACUAAGAAAGCACAAACCAAAUCGGAAGCCUCGAACGCCUUUCACAACGCAUCAACUUAUGGCAUUGGAGAGGAAAUUCAGACAGAAACAGUACCUAUCGAUUGCAGAGCGUGCGGAAUUCUCGAACAGUCUGACGUUGACAGAAACCCAGGUAAAAAUAUGGUUUCAAAAUCGCCGGGCGAAAGCAAAGCGUAUACAAGGAUUGGAGUCUGGUACCAGCGAACGUGAUGUAAUCACACAAUUGUCCACUGUAAACGGAGACUCAGAGCUGUCGAUGGAGGCGAGUAUAAAAUCGAACAGCCCCAGCAGGUCAGAAUGUGCGAGCCACUCUCCAUUCGGAAACGCCAAAGUAUUCACAGAAGUGGAUAAGAAAUCAGAAACUGAAAAACCUUCGGCGUGUUUGGGAAACUCGUCAGUCAGCGAUCACGAUUUGUUGUUCGGUGCAUACUGUGACGAACCACCUGCCU